CUCCUUAGUAAGCAUACCCUCAGAUUUCUUGUCAUAAUUGUCCCAUUUUGAAAGAAUAACAACUCCUACAUAAGCUUCCCUCGAAACCCUAUACAUCAAACCCAAAAAUUGUUGAUAGUAAAGUAUGAAAGAAAUGGCCCCAUCCAUUUGUGCCUCCUUAUUGCUCUCUCUUAUGCUAGCAAUCCUAUUGAUUUGCCCAACAAGUGCACGGCUAAGUGUGAAGGCUGAUGAAGGUGUGCUUCAUGAUAUUUGCUCUCCCCAUAGAGAUCCUCCCUUUUGCUUGAAAGCCCUAAAAUCCGAUCCUCGAACAGUCACAAUCGACCUCGUUGGCCUUACCAAUAUUUCAAUCCACUUAGCAGAAGUUGCUGCUAAUAAAACCUUUGCCUUCAUUGGCUUACUCGUCAAUAAAACCUCGGACCCCAAGUUAAAACCGCAGUAUGAAUUCUGCCAACAAUUCUAUGAAUCUCUUGUUGGCGAUAUAGAAUAUGCAAAGGAUGCAUGGAAAGGUGGUGACUACUUUACUGUAGUUGUUGCAGCUGAUAGUUGCCUCACUUCAACUGGUGACUGUAGAGAUGAAAUAACAACUAAUGCAUCCCCCCUCCUACGAGAAAAUAAAGAAGUGUCUUUUUAUUGUGAGACAUUUUUGCUUGUUUCAAAACGCCUAUCAGGUCUUAGCUAAAUCAUCAUGUGCAUGUGGCCAUGCAAAAUAAAAUAUUUGAUAUUAUCGAUCACAUUCUGAUAAAAGGUAAAAA